AUGCUCGCAGCGGGGCUACCGGGGCUGCUGCUGCUGCUGCUGCUGCUGGGCCCCGCGCUGCCGGCCGGGCCCCCGGCCCUGCGGAGCGCUUUGGGUAUUCCUGCUUCCUGCCAGCUGUCCCAGGCUGAGUCGGAGCUCAGGUGCCGCAUCCCAGGGGGGAAGCUGUGCAAUGACAGAGGCAGGUGUGAGUGUGGGGUCUGCAUCUGCCAAGUGACUGAGUCUGGCAAAUACUACGGCCCCCUCUGCGAGUGCCACGACUGGGUGUGCGAGACCUACGACGGGAAAAUCUGCGCAGGCCAUGGAAAGUGUGACUGUGGGAAGUGCAAAUGUGAUGAAGGCUGGUACGGUGAAGCUUGUCAGUAUCCAACUACUUGCAAUCUUACACGGAAGAAAAGCAAUGAAAUGUGCAAGAAUUCUCAGGAUAUCAUCUGUUCUGGUGCAGGCACAUGUCAUUGUGGCAGGUGUCAGUGUGCUGACUCAGAAGAAAAUGGACUGGUAUAUGGCAAAUUUUGUGAAUGUGAUGACAGAGAAUGCAUUGAUGAUGAAACAGGAGAGAUUUGUACAGGCCAUGGAAAGUGUUACUGUGGAAACUGUUACUGUGAGGCUGGUUGGCAUGGAGAUAAAUGUGAAUUCCAGUGUGACAUCACCCCCUGGGAGAUCAAGAAAAGAUGCACAUCUCCAGAUGGCAAAAUCUGCAGCAACAGAGGCACAUGUGUAUGUGGGGAAUGUACAUGCCAUGAUGUGGACCCAACUGGUGAUUGGGGAGAUAUUCAUGGAGAUACUUGUGAGUGUGAUGAAAGAAACUGCAAAGCAGUGUAUGAUAGAUAUUCUGAUGACUUCUGUUCAGGUCAUGGACAGUGUAAUUGUGGAAGAUGCGACUGUAAAGAAGGAUGGACUGGGAAAAAGUGUGAACAUCCACAUUCGUGUCCAAUGUCAGUUGAAGAAAGUGCUAAGAAAUGCCAAGGAAAUUCCAAUUUACCUUGCUCUGGAAGAGGGAGAUGUGAAUGUGGCCAAUGCACUUGUUUCCCUCCAGGAGACAACAGAGUUCAUGGCAAAAACUGUGAAUGUGAUGAUCGACAGUGUGAAAAUGCAGAUGGCGAUGUCUGUGGGGGCCAUGGUAUCUGCUCAUGUGGCCGAUGCAUUUGCCACGAUGGGUGGUUUGGAAAGUUGUGCCAGCACUCAAGGAAAUGCAACAUGACGGAGGAGGAGAGCAGAAGUCUCUGCGAGUCAGCGGAUGGCCUAUUGUGCUCUGGGAAGGGCUCCUGCCACUGUGGAAAGUGCAUCUGUUCACCCCAGGAAUGGUACAUUUCGGGUGAUUUCUGUGAAUGCGAUGACAGAGACUGUGACAAACAUGAUGGUCUCAUUUGCACAGGUAACGGUGUUUGUAGCUGUGGAAACUGUGAGUGCUGGGAAGGAUGGAAUGGAAAUGCUUGUGAAAUCUGGCUGGGGAGAGAAUAUCCUUAAUGGAGGAUGUCAAAGAUUGAGGAGGUUAUUUUUUGUUUGUUUUUCUUUAGGCUGCUAGGACAUUUAAUUUCAGAAGUAUCUGGGUGUGGGUAUGCAUGAACACACACAUACAUGGUUGUAAAUACCUUAGAACAUAUUUGAAGAUCUCCUCCUUAAAGAAAUGCAUCAGAAAACUAAAAAAGGGAGCACAACAGCCCAGGCUCUAGAGGGUGAAGUAAUAAAAUACUGACCUAUGGAACUUCUCCACAGAUUUUUUGUAAAUUCAGUGGAACCAAUAUUAUACCUGUAAUGACUAUUUCUUUGAGCAACCUGAGGAAAUGGUAUAAGAAGACCCUUUUUUAACAAUAUUUACUUGGUUGUCAUGUCUCCUUGUCAGUAUGCAACAA